AUGACAGCCACCGCGUUACCUUUUUUACUCCUCUCUUUGGCCACUAACUGUACUCUUCUCCAAGUCAUCUCCAAGCCUAUAGCUUCAUUUGGCUUCGUCACUGCCAGCCUAGCUUACCUUCCCCCAGCGGCCCCCAGUACUGCUCCUACCCUUCUUACCAACGCAGCAUUCUCUAACUUUACAGAGUUCCUUAGGAAUGUCCCUGUCCUUGGCAUCUUCGGAUUGCUUUUGGAUCAAAUCAGGCAGCUCCUCCACCUUUACACCCAUGUUGCACCCACAGUAUUUUUUCGUUCAACGUAUUCAAAAGUUCUUGUGGCUGGAUCUGUUUGUGGUUUUUUGGGUGAUGUUUUUUUGAUGUUUGACUGGGGGUUUUUGCCCGGUGUGGCUUGCUUCGCGUGUGGCAUUACCGCUGCCAUGGUCGCGUUCGUACUCCAUGGACAGAACGGAUAUGCUGCGAAGAAGGGAAUGAUGUUCGCCCUUGUUGUGGAUAUGUUUUUUAUCCCUUGGUUGUUCCCAAAGAUCACGAGCAAGGUCAUGAAGAUCGCUCAAGCCAGAAAAACUCAUGUCAAUAGUGAGGCGAAAGCCUUGAUUGCUACCCGUAACCCGACAAAGAACACAGAAUAG